AUGGCAGUGAAGGCAACGGUAUGUGACGUCAUUUCUGGAAAAGAAUUGUAUGGGACAUAUAACAUCCUGGUUGGAAAGGACUCAACAAAAGGCAUCACAAAGCUGUUGCUUGAUCCAGCAGAUCUCACUCAUGACACAACCGAACUCUCAGAGAAGGAGCUGAAAUCCUUGGAUGAUAUCUUCAAUAAUGUAUACAAAACCAAAUAUCCUACUGUUGGCUACACUUCUCAAAGCACGCUGAAUGAUGAUGGAAGCCCCAAUCAGAAUUUUAAGCCCAUGGAUCUACCACUUUUCAACAGUAGGAUGAAUUUUGAUGUAUGA